AUGACACAACUGUUAGAAGAGUUCCGGGGGAUGAAGCAGAGGUCUGGAGAGGAGACAGGCAAAUUUAAAAGAAACAACGCCCGUUGCUGGAAAUGUGGAGCAGAAGGCCAUCUCCAAAGGCAAUGCCAGGCUCGCCAAGAUCAACGGCCUAGGAGCCUGUCGAGGAAUAAUACUCAGGAACUAGGUAGUGGUGGUCUCGCGGGGCGGAGGUUGCCAGAGAAUGAAAAGCCCCAUUUUGAAGUGUUACAAAUUUCAUCAAGCAGCGAGAAUGGACUGUUUAUUGAAGCGAAUGUAAAUGGAUUUCCGUGUCGAAUGGUCGUUGAUACAGGGGCCAAUGUCACCAUUUUGCGCCAAGAUUUAGCACAACAACUUGGCGUGAAAAUUCUUCGGACACCGCCCUGCGUUACCCUUCAGACCGUGAAAGGGGAUAAAAUCCCCAUUAUUGGCAAGAUGCAUAUAACAAUUAAGUUUGGAAAUGUGUUAUAUGGCCAUACCGUGUUUGUAGCCGAAAUCACCGACAUUUUUAUACUCGGUUUGGACUUCUUAACAAAACAUAAUUUUGUAAUUGACUUUGAGAAUAAUGUGCUACGCUCAAAUUCGGAAGAUGUAGCGUUAUUCCAGUUAGGAGCUGUUGAAAGAGAACCGUGUCAUCGAAUAACUUGUAAAAGUGAUAUUACUAUUCCAGCUCGAAUUGAGAUGCUUGUAAGAGGGGCCGCUGAGAAAAGUCAAAACUUUCGACAUGGUCUAACUGAAUUUCCGGACUCUGAAAAUUUUCCAAAAGGUGUAUUGGUUGCUUCCGCACUGGUAGAUCUUUCGAAGGAAACUGUACCAGUCAGAGUUGUUAAUCUAACUGGUAAUCCUAAAACAAUCAGGAAAGGCGACGUAUUAGCAACAUGUGCUCCAGUCACCUCCCACUGA